GGAGACGACAGUUGACAUAGGAAUAGUUGAAAGGAUUCAGUUGAACAGUCAUAGCUUUAGAGAUUCAUAGAGAUAACUGACAGUUAGUGAAGACUAUAGAAGUAGUGCUUUAUUAUAAUAAAUAUAGUCUAUUUCAUCAUUGAACACCUUGAGUUUGUGUUGUUGGAUUUUUUUCAAGUCUACGUCGUGCUUUUUUCUGUCCCAACGCCUAGAUACCCACAAUAUAAAUCACAGUGAGGAGUGGUCCAGAACUGACCACUACUAAGUCAAUAUAGUUUGUGACAAGUCAAGACCGGAGCCCUCCUCCGUAACAACCGUUCUGUGACGGUACAAACAUAGAUUUUUAUAAAGUAUAUUGUUGAUAGAAUUAUACAAGAAAGAUAUCAUGAUUAACUUUUAAAAGCUUACUAAGAUAUUUUUUUAAAUAUAUUGAAGACAUAGAACUAAUUGAAAAUCAUUUUAUAUACAUCGUUGAAUACCGUUUUAAUUUGAAAGUUUUCAUUUAUCAUUGUCUUGCUUCUUUUUUUAACUGAAAAAAUACCGUGCAAUUAUUGUUGCACUAACUUAAUUUUACUGAUUCUAAUAAUACAUUUUUUAUGAUAAAAUAGAAUUUAGAAUUACGUGAUUUCUUUAAAAUUGAUGUCUUUAUAAAAAUAUUUAUUGAAAUUGAUGUCUCUAUAAAAAAUAUGUAUUGUGCCAUCGUCAUAAAAUGAAGAAAAUCAACCUGUGCCUUCUCUCUUUCAGACACAAACAUGUCAAUGACAAAGUUCGAGUACGUCUUUAUAUUGUUUGGUAUGACAGGUUCAGGAAAAAGUUCCAGUGGGAACACACUGCUGGACCGUGAUGAUUGCUUUGAAACUUCAAUCUCUUUUAAUUCAUGUACACGUGCAGCUGAACUGGCAUGUAAAGAGUUCAGCGAAUACAUCAUUAAUGUAGUGGACACACCUGGGAUCUUUGAUACCGAUCAAACUGUUGCACAAACAUUAGAAAUCAUCUAUGAAGGAAUAAGCCAGCUAGUCGAUGGAAUUUCCGCUUUUUUAUUUGUGCUGAAACUAGGCCAAAGAUGCACCAAAGAGCAGAAUGAAACAAUCGAAGCAUUUAAAAGAUCAUUUGGUGAUUCAUUUGUCAAGAAUCACUGCAUUAUCGUUUUGACGGGAGGGGAUCUUUGUGGAGAUCUCAAUAACGACAACAUUCAGGAGUGGUGUAGAAGAACAGAAAACAUUAGAGACGGCUCUGAUCUUAAAAAAUUGAUGAUAGAGUGUGACUACAGGGUGGUUUUAUUUAACAAUAAAGAUAAAACAAAACGGGAUGCCAGUGUCGACAAACUAUUGAAUUAUUUUCACCCCCAGGCUCCUCGUUAUACAAAUGAAACUUUUCAAAAAUGCAUCGAUGCCAGAAACGAAUAUGUCACGAAUUUGGGUUUUCCAGGACAAAGAAGUGAUAUUCAGAGACAGCUCAGCCUUCUUGAAAACGACUUUGAUGCCAUGUAUCAAAAUAAAGGCGAAGGCGAAAUGGAUCAGAUUAAAGAUCGGGCAAAGAAAUUGAUGGAAACAGUACAAAAUGCUUCAGCAGGCACCCACAAAAUGGAUGACCUCAAGUUCAGAAUCAAUCAAAUCAUAGAGAAAACUGGAAAGAUUCCUGAAAAUGGAGAAGCACGCAUGAAAGCGAUACAAGACUUAAAAAACGAAGUCCGUAAGUUGAAAGUUGCAGGGAUCUCAACAACUGCGUUUUCAGUAAUUGUAAUCGGUGGUGUAGGGGCGUUAUUGUCGGUCAGUGUUUUACCAGCCGCUUUGGUCGGAGCUGCAGCCCUUGGUGUCUUAACUAUCGCUGGUCAUGCAUUUUACGCCAUUGGGAAAAAAAUCAGAGAGACUGCAAAAAAAUUAGAGUCCAAACCAAAUGAUGAUGAAAAAAAAGAAAAAUGAAUCAAGAUCCACCUUAGACUUUAUUAAAAUAAUUAUUUCAAAACAAGCAAUAGUUAAAACUGUUGUGAGAUUUUCUAAUACGAGACAAAUUUUAUAUUUUUAAGGAGUUUAAAUACACUUGACCUCAAACAAAUAUUGUAAAAGAUUUUUUAAAAAUUAUAAAUGUAAUUUCCAAAUUAGAUUUUAAAAUUAAAAAUAAAUAAAUGGAGUAGCAAAUUAAUACUUUUAAAAAAUUCAGUAUAUAAAUGGAUACAAGAUAUUUACAUGAUGAAUAAUAAUAAAUAAUAAAUGUUUAUAUUUAUUAUAUUAAUUAACCAGUAUAAGACCUCACAGCAAAAUUAAUUGGUUAGUCCACCUGAUAACAUUGCCGGUAAAACAGUGUUCAUUAAAGCCAAAAAUUCAAAAAAAAAGGACAUCAAAUGUUCAUGGCCCGAUGACUGUCAGGCCUCAGUGUCCUCAACAUGAAUCUCCUACACGCCUUGCACCUUGCAGCAUUUCAUCGAGGCUCCUCUUUGAUAGAUGGCCGAGAAAAUAAAAUAUGGGAAGGAAGGAAACUGCGUAAACCAUUUGUGAACACAUUUUGUGUUUCAAAAUAAUAGGAAUAUAG